AUGGAGUUCCUUAAAAUGAGGAAGUUCAGAAAAGCCCACAAACCAAACCCAGAAAAGGAAUCCGACAACAAUCCUGUUCCUGUUCCGGGUCCCGAAGAUCCCAGGAAAGAUAACGACGAUGACUUGGGGAAAUCGGCGACGGCGGAUGUCGACAAUGCUACGGAAGCCGAUGAGGACGAUGAUGACUUUAUCAUGAAUGAGGUAAAGAGAAGACUAAAAGAACUGAGAAGGAACAGUUUCAUGGUGCUGAUACCUGAAGAAACAUGUCCCGAGGAAGAGGAACCAGAGGAGGAAGAGGAAGACGAAGGUCAAGCCAGCUCCAAUGAGUGGCGCGAUGUAGAAGCCGAAGGCCGACAAUUAUGGUCUUGUUUUGGUGCUUUCUACGAUAAGUACUGUGAGCGCAUGUUGUUCUUCGAUCGUCUCACUACACAGCUCUUAAAAGAAAUCGGUUCACUCAAUCCUUCGACUCCAUCACCAAGGUCUGUGUCCAAGAAGCUUACAUCCCCUCUUCGAUGUCUAUCUUUGAAAAAAUUCGAACCCCCUGAAGAUGAAACAGAGCACCUGCAACAACAACCAGAGAAUGAUCCAUAUCUGGAUCUGGAAACAGCAUACGUAUCUCAACUUUGCUUGACAUGGGAGGCACUUCAUUGCCAGUAUACUCAACUAAGCCAGAUUCAAUCUGAAAAUGAAAAUUCCAAAUGUUACAACCAUAGCGCACAACAGUUUCAGCAAUUUCAGGUUUUGCUGCAACGAUUUAUUGAAAACGAACCUUUUGAACGUGGUCUUAGGCCUGAAGUUUAUGGUCAAACAAGAAAUUCGCUUUCUAAACUUCUGCAAGUUCCGAAUAUAUUAGGUCAAGAUCGAAAGGAGAUGACAGAAGAGGAAUCGGAAAUGGUUGUGGAAGCUUCAGAUCUUCUUAGAAUAAUUGAGACCUCGAUUCUUACUUUUCAAUUGUUCAUAAAGAUGGACAAGAAGAAGUCAAAUGGUGUCCGGAAUCUAUUUGGAGGUCAGAAUCAGAUGGUUACCCCUGUUCAGCAGGUUCAGGCGUCACUGGAGAAGAAGAAGGUGAAGUUGAAGGAGCUGUGGAAGAAGAGGAAAGGUGGGAAGAAGAAUCAGUGGCCUGGAACACAAGAGGAGGUGGAGUUGUUACUUGGGGUUAUAGAUGUGAAGGUGAUAAACAGGGUGUUGAGGAUGGUGAAGAUUAGUAAAGAUCAAUUGUUUUGGAGUGAAGAAAAGAUGAAAAAACUGGAUUUAUCAGCAGCAAAUGGAAAACUUCAAAGGGAUCCAUCUCCUAUUCUUUUCCCUUGUUGAUAUAAUGUUUUUAGUAUCUAUGAAAAGAUGUAGUCCAAGCUUUUUGUUUAAAGACUCAUUGUAAAGUCAACCUCAAGGGAUUAGUUAUUUCAUGAUCUUGGAUGAGGUAGGGUAUAUGCAAUGCAAAUCUUUAUUAUUUUAAAUCCAUAGUUGCAUGCUCAUUUGGGAUUGAGUAAGAUUAUGACUACAAAGCAAAGCUUGCUUGGGAUCAAAGUUGUGCAAGUCUCUGCUUCCACCUAAUAACGAAA